AUGGAAAAUAAAACACAACACUCAGCAAAUAGUCCUCCACCAAAACCCUGGGAACAAGCAGGUUCCUCGUCUGGCCCAGCGCCUUUUAAACCCCCGUCAGCUGGCAACACAAGUGAUGUAGUUGAGGCUUCAGGGACUGCAAAACCUGGGGAAAUUGUUUCUGGUUCCGAUAGGACUGCAGCUGCCAACAGGAAUACUCUUGGGAGGCCCGUGCCCACAAGGCCAUGGGAGCAGAAUUAUGGGAAUAGCACCUAUGGAGGAUAUGGUUCUACAAUGAACUAUAAUUCUGGAUAUGGAUCUGGAAUGUAUGGAUCUUCUUAUGGUGGACUAGGAGGAGGAAUGUAUGGAUCUUCUUAUGGUGGGGGAAUGUAUGGCAACGGCAUGUACAGGGGAGGAUAUGGUGGCAUGUAUGGUUCAUCCGGGAUGUAUGGAGGUGGGAUGUAUAACAGUGGCUUUGGGGGUCCAAUGGGUGGUUAUGGCAUGGCUGGUGGUCCUUACGGAGAUCAAGAUCCCAACAAUCCAUUUGGUGGCCCUCCAUCCCCGCCUGGAUUUUGGAUUUCUGUCUUACGUGUGAUGCAAGGUGUGGUUAACUUUUUUGGUCGAAUAUCAAUACUUAUAGACCAGAAUACACAGGCUUUCCAUCUGUUCAUGACUGCACUUCUGCAGCUGUUUGAUCGCUCUGGUUUAUUGUAUGGAGAGCUAGCUAGAUUUGUGUUGCGGUUGCUUGGGAUUAGAACAAAGUCCAAGAAGGUUCACCCGCCAGGUCCAAAUGGACAGCCGUUGCCUGGACCACAGAAUUCUUCUGGAAAUGUAAAUUUGAUUGAGGCACCAAAGGCUGCUCCAAGUGGUUCAUGGGACAAUGUUUGGGGAAAUGACGCCCCUCAAUAA